CUAAUGGACGAUUGUUUGUAUUCGUUAAUUGCCUAUACGGAGCCUACACGAAUAAUUAUCAAACAAGAGGAGAAAAAAGGAAAAAAUUUAAAGAGAAUUAUAAAAAGAAGACGAGAAAAGGAAGUGUGCAGGAAAAUAAAACACAAUGUCCGAUCCAUUCGUUCGUCGUGUUUUAUCAAAAUGGAAAAUGGAAAAGUAUAUUCCAUUAUUUGAAGAGGAAGAAAUUGACGAGGAGUCGUUUAGAGUUUUAACGCCGGUGUCCAUUGAGAGGCUUUUCGUCAAAAUUGGCCCUCGAGAUAAAUUUCUGGCAAAUUGGAAACGAGAAUUUGGAUCCUCAGAGCCAAUGUUUUCGAGCGUUGAAGUUUCAUGCUCGGAAAAUAGUAGUAAUGCAGUUGAAGAUAUCGAUGAGAGAAUACUGAGACUACAAUCUGCAAAUAAUGAUUUAUCAUCGUCAGAAGCAGAUCCUUUGCUGAAAAACGAAGUCGACGUUUAUGCAAUAUUAAAAAAUGUCAUCGAAGGACGAGCGGCAGUGAAAUAUUACAAGGAGAAGAAAACAUUGACAAACGAACACAGACUUAAUGUAGCCGAUAUUAUAAUUCGUCACGAGCUUAAAGAGGAAAAUGAAUUUUGCAUCAAUUCGAAACGAUUAAUAUAUCUCGCGUCACGAAUUGUCGAGACAUUUCCAAAUGAAAGUACAUCGACUUAUUACAUUCCAUUUACGAUUCAUUCGGUGACGAGGAAACCAAUUUUGGCGCGGGGAAAAUUACACGCCAAAUAUUAUUUAUUGAGGGAGAAAUUGAAAAAGGCGGGGGAAGUUUUGGGGAACGAGAGAAAUUAUCAGAAGUCAAAGAAAGUCGAUCUUCCAGAACCACGAGACUUAAUUUUAGCCACUCAUGAACAAUUGGCGCUUCUGGAGGGAGCAGACGACCACGAAUUGAGAGAAUUGUCCCUGUGGCUGGAGACUCACACAGUGCCGUGGGUUGAAGUAAUGAAAAAGUGGAUUCAGACGUCAAAAUAUAGAAUACAAAAGUUGGCGUCUGACGCGUCGAUCACUAAUCGAAUGUACAUGAAUAUGUAUAAAAGUCUGCAGCUACCAAUUGGCUAUGAACUCAUUGAGGCGGACUUUGAGUUAAUUUAUCCAAAUCAAACGAAUAUUAUAACGUCAGAAUGGCCGGGAUUUGAAAAGGAAGUUCUCGCUUGCGCCGUGUCACGAAAAGGAAAUGAAGUUAAAGACUUACUUGAUCAAUAUCGUUUAGUUAACAAUGAUGCACAGGCGGCGGCUGCGAUAGUUCUAAGAUUAUUGCCACUGUUGCUUCCAUGCCAGGCGGUCAAAGGGGCUUUAAGUAAACCACUAUGGAAAUUAAAUCGACUUGAAUCUCAAGACGCUUUUCUUUUACACAUUAAAAAUAUAUCGGAAUUGAAAAAUCGACUCGACUGUCGUCGGGAGAAAUUGAAAAUUCAUGGAAUGGCCGAGCAGCCGCUCGUCGUCGUUGUCGGCGAGACUCUAUUAAAUUUAGAAGCCGCUUACGUUUGCGUCAGUGACACUUGUUACAAAUUCAGCUCAGUAUUGAAGGCAUUCGAAAUUGCGUUCAAAAGUUUUUACGCCCUACAAUUGCCCUAUCCAAAGGAAGUCGAGCACAGCUGGCAAAUCGUUCAGUUUCGCAUUUUUGGAAUCGGCGAGGAGAACGAGGAGGAAAUGGUCGAAAGCGUCACGACACUCCUCGCCGAUUUACGCAACGUUCUUGGCAGAUUUCCCGAGAAUUUAGCUAGUGUUACGAUCAAAAUGGAGAGUUUCGAUUAAUAAUUGGAAAAAAACUGAUCAAUAUUGACAUUAUUGAAAAACAAAA